UUAUCGGUGGCGAACUCAUUAGAAAUUUUAUUCAAACAUCACGUUUUUGCUUUACUGAUAUUAAAAGCUGAUAUUAUUUGCUAGUUUAGUUAGUUGUUUAGUGUUAGCGAUAGACGUAGCAAUAAGGCAAAAUGCGUAAAACAUGGAUCAAACGGGACAACAUCUACUACAAGCCGUUCUACAAGCAGAAGCUGAAGAUGACCUUGCUCGGCGUGCUGUUGAUGGCCGUUGUCUUCUUUGGCUACCAGUUCUUCUACAUCAGUCAGUUGCAAACAGAAUCGGGCACGGGGGCUCUUGUCGUCCGGGUCGAGACGAGCCAACAUCAGGCUAAUAAUGAACGUGUUAAUUCGAUAGGAAACGGUGACGCUGCUGGCUCGGAGGUGGACGGCCUACGGGACGACGAAGGCGGAGGACGGCUGGCGGCUAGCGUCAACCAAAGUGGCGGCAUUCUGAGGGGACCAUCCGAGGACAGUCGCUACGUCUACGUGGAGAAGAUAGGCAAUUACGAAAAGAGAAUACUCAGGGGCAUUCGGUUGAGCGACUUGGACUCAUACUCGGAGCGUCCGCAAACGACUUUCCGUUGUUUGCGAGGAGGUAGAACGCGAGAAGUCAGCUGGGACCGGGUUAACGACGACUAUUGUGACUGCCCCGAAGACGGAAGCGACGAACCGAGUACGAAUGCCUGCGCGCAAGGAAGGUUCUACUGUCGGUUUCAGAAGCGACACCUAACCGGAAGGGGUGGCUAUACGUCGAUACCUAGUGCAUGGGUUAACGACGGCAUAUGCGACUGCUGUGAUGGAUCGGACGAGUGGCUCCGGCAGAAGAACGACGGCGUUUUGUGUCGGAAUGUUUGUGAGCAGAAGUUUCCAUAUUAGGAGGAUGGACAGAAAAAUAGUUCUCCUGUUGUACUGAUUUGUGAUUGGGAAGUGAAACUUGUAUGCGUGGAACAGUACGGAAGGAUAUGUUUUUUUUUGUGUCGAGAAAUAAAUUA